CCCGUCCCUUCAGGCGCGCUCCCGGGCCGCGUCUCCUCCAGCAGCCAGUGGAGCAGCUCUCUGUGGAAAGUUGAGUCUCUCCGGCGGCGUCGUGCUGUUUCCUGCUGUCAGUCGUUCCUCUCUGCUCCAACAUGCGUCUCCUCCUGCAGACAUGGGAUUUAUAACCGCGGGCUCUGCUGCUGCUUCUGUCCGUGUUCUGGUCUCCUUCAGCCGGGGAAAACCUGCAGCGCGUCUCAGAGUCUGAGCGGUUUUAUCUCCACCGAUCCGCGUUUAUUCCCCCUUUCAUAUAUUGGUUUCCUGGCGCCUCAUUUAUGGACCACAGAAGCUCCGAGUGAGAGUGUUUGUAAUUUCCGUUCACACCGCUGAAGAUGGAGACAGUGAUGGAGAGGGAGUGCAGCGCGCUGGGGGGGCUCUUCCAGACUGUCAUAGGAGACAUGAAGGGCAGUUACCCUGUCUGGGACGACUUCAUCAGCAAGGCCAGCAAACUACAAUCACAGCUCAGGACGACGGUUGUCGCGGUAGCAGCCUUCCUGGAUGCCUUCCAGAAGGUGGCCGACCUUGCAACCAACAGCCGAGGAGGGACCAGGGACAUCGGUUCAGCCCUCACCAGGAUGUGCAUGAGGCACCGCAGCAUCGAGGCCAAACUCCGCCAGUUCUCCAUGGUGUUUCUGGACUGUCUGAUCAACCCUCUACAGGAGCAGAUGGAGGAGUGGAAGAGAGUAGCCAACACUCUGGACAAAGACCAUGCCAAAGAGUACAAGAAGGCCCGUCAGGAGAUCAAGAAGAGAUCCUCAGACACUCUGAAGCUGCAGAAGAAAGCAAAGAAAGCUGAUGUAUUUGGCCGCGGCGACCUCCAGCCUCAGCUGGACAGCGCCAUGCAGGACGUCAGUGAUAAAUACCUGCUGCUGGAGGAGACGGAGAAGCAGGCGGUGAGGAAGGCGCUGGUGGAGGAGAGGAGUCGCUUCUGCUACUUCGUCACCAUGCUGAAGCCUGUCGUGGAGGAGGAGAUGUCCAUGCUGGGGGAGAUCACUCACCUCCAGACUCUGACAGACGACUUGAAGACACUGACUAUGGACCCACACAAGCUGCCCGCCUCCAGCGAGCAGGUGAUCGUAGACCUGAAGGGCUCUGAGUGCACCUGGUCCUACCAAACUCCGCCCUCCUCACCGAGCACAUCCAGGAAGUCAAGCAUGUGCAGCAGCCUGAACAGUGUGAACAGCAGCGACUCCCGCUCCAGCGGCUCACACUGCCACUCCCCAACCUCCCAUUUCCGCUACCGUGCCUCCUCCUCCUCUUCCUCCUCGGUGCUCCCCCAGCAGACGCCGGCCCGCCUCUCCUCAGUCUCCUCCCACGACUCUGGCUUCAUCUCCCAGGACGCCUUCCAGUCCAAAUCCCCUUCACCGAUGCCUCCGGAAACCUCGCAGUUGUCAAAUGGUUUUGACCAUCACGCUGCCCUCUGUCUGCAUGGAAUGGUACUGCAGGCCCAGGACACCCACCUCCACCCUCCAUACUUCACCUACUCCUCCUCCUCCACCACCACCUCUCCCAUCUCCUCGCCCUCCUAUUCGUCCGUCUCUCCCACGUGGCCGUGGUCUCGCUCAGGCUCCGGCCAGUCAGGGGAGUUCCUGCCUCUCGGCAGCCCCACAGGGCUCGGAGUGAUCCCGUCAUCCAGAGUCCCGUCCUGGAAGGACUGGGCCAAACCGGGCCCAUAUGACCAGUCAAUGGUCAACACCCUGAAGAGGAGCAAGGACAGGAGAGACACUACAGAUCCCAGCAGCCACCAGGGCGCUGACAUCACCACACCAGGGGAGGAAACACAUGGGGUUAAAGGAAGUCACCCUAUGACCUCACACAAGGAGGACAGGGACGCCCACGAGGAGUUGGCCAGAGCGCUGGCCCGAGGCCUCCAGCUGGACAUCCACGGCUCCAGCAGAGACUCACUGCAGGGCUCCAGCGGCUACAGCAGCCAGACCAACACACCCUGCUGCUCCGAGGACACCAUCCCCUCACAGGUAUCCGACUGCGACUACUACUCUGUGGGGGCGGAUCAGGAAGGCGAGCCGCAGCAGUCCUCAGACUUCGAUAAAUCCUCCACCAUCCCCAGAAACAGCGACAUCAGUCAGUCGUACCGCCGUAUGUUCCAGUCCAAGCGUCCCGCCUCCACUGCUGGACUGCCCUCCAACCCCUCUGCCAUAAUCACCCCGGGAGUCGCCACCAUCCGACGGACACCAUCCUCCAAACCCAACCUGCGACGGCCCUCUGGGGGCCUUAGCUUGGGCCCCAUCCCCAUCAAGCCCCCCAUGAUCCCAGUCAAGACCCCCACUGUGCCUGAACAUCCCGGUUUCCCCAGCAGGGCGGCGUCAGAGGACGGCAAAGCACAGCGAACCCCGCUCAGCCCACCGACCACCCCUUUGUCACCAGGCAGCAGCGGGCCAUUAUCACAGAGGGCCAGCACCUGGGAGACCCAGCACCAGGGCGAGGGGUCGGAUCCUCCCACCCCACCACCGCAGCCCAGUGGCCGGGUGUCAGAGUGGGAGCGCCGGCCUCUCCCGGAGCUCCUGGAGGAAACAGAAUAUGGCGAGGUGGAGGACUUCCUGGUGGCUAUCCGACGAGGCGUCAGGCUCAAGAGGGCGAUGACCAACGACCGUUCGGCGCCAAGUAUUCACUGAGACUAGAAGGGUUGGUUUGACUUGAGCCAUUUUGCGUCCCUGGUUGAAUUUCAGCCCAAAAAAGGGACACAAAAUGGUUAAGCAAAUGCAAACGGGAGCUAUAGCGUCUAAUGGACGCCGAGGAUAGGAGGAAGUUGCCCGGAGUGUCUGAACAAGGAUCAGUUUUUAAAUUGUUUUAACAAAACUUUGAAGAUAUUUGAUCGUGGUGCCAAAAUUUAAAUGAAGGUUUCUGAAUUCAAAGAAAUGUGGGCAGAAGGUAGAAGUUUCUUGUUUGGAAAGUGUUGAAGGAGAAUCUAAAUCCUGCCAGUAGACACAUUUUUCUAGCUUGGGAAACUGACUGAAGCACUUCUCUCCUUUAACAAAAACAACCUGUGGCCUCUUGCAGGUUGCAACUAUCAGUAUCGCACUUGACUAAUUCCAGUUGAGUUCCCCUCUGAGGAUACUACUGGGAACGCCGAUGCUGAUCCGAGAUCAUUUCCCCCUGGGCAACUUUAGUAUAUAUAUAUAUAUAUAUAUAUAUAUAUAUAUAUGUGUGUAAGAGAAAAGAUGCGAAAGGACAUCCUUGUCAAACAAGAGCGAGAUGUACAAGGUCAUUCUUGUAGCAGAAAUUACUUAAAUGAAACAUUAAGUAAAUGUUAAUGCGUGUAGUAUUGGGAUUAAGAGACGGUAGAUGACGUGGGGAAAAGUUCUGGAAGAGGUGAGAAUGAACUGGAAGGGAUGAUUUUCGAAAGAUCAAAUCAUUAUUUGUAUGUACAUAUUUAUAUUUUGAUGUGUUUGUACGUUUUGUUUGUCAUACGGUCCCUUUUACGCCCCUGUAGUCUCCCAUUUCCACUAAAGGUGCCAAAAGCCUGUGUGCUGAAUUUAACUUAAAAAUAUAAUUUAAUUGCUGGAUUUUGUUUUCUGUAAAAACAUAGCUAGGGUGUUUGAUGAUAGAGACAGACUGAAAGAACACAAACUGAACAAGUAUUUGUAUACGUAGGGUAGCAUAUUGAAGAGUGCCGUGUAACCAUUCACAACUAAACCUUUAGUUGUUACAGUUAUUAAUACCACAUACAGUAGAUUGACCUGCAUGUUCUCUUAAAGUUUGCCCCCCAGUAUAAACAAAUCAUUCUGGCUUUAUAAAACAAGUUAAGCCCAUAAUGUCCCAGCAGUGGAUCAACGGUAGCGGGUCAGGAACUGCGGAUGCCAACAACUUUGCUAGAUUAAGUCUGCUGUAUAAAACAAUGUCCUGUCUUUGAGUCUUUAAACUGAAAAUCGAAAGGUAUUAUAGGGAGUGUUUGAUAGUGGGUCAUUUUUGCUCUUUUUGUAAUUUAUUUUUUUUACAGCAUUUAUUUUCUUUAAAUGGACUCAAAGAUGGUGUUAUAGCUGUUGUUAAUUACUACAGACAGACGUGAUCUGUGACUUCGUUGGCCUCCAGGUUCACCAGCCCCUCCGUCCUUUUGUUCAACUUUUCAACAUGUUGCUAAUCUACCAACUAUAUAGCGACUGUACACAGUGUGUUAGCGUACACCUCCAAGUCCAUGGUAGUAAUAGAGGUUGUUACUACAGGUUCCGUGUUACUACUUAGCUAUAGUAAUUGGAGUAAUGUGGAAUCGUGUAUCGGUCCGUUGUAGUGAAGCCAGUGUGCUGAUGGUGAGUUGUAUUUAGUUGGCACAGAUGUAAACGGUUGUGGACGAGUCAGAGCUUCAGUAUUGGGACAGUGUUGCUGCAGACAUCUGGAUGGUUUUAUUUUAAUGUACUAAACAUUCAGUGGUUCCAGAGUCUCGAAUGCAAGCAUUUGCUGCCGUUCCUUGUCUUGUAUGAGCCUGAAUAUCUUUAGGUUUUAGACAAACAAUCUCAUAUUCUCUAGACAGUGAGACAAUAAGUGGCAGAUUAAUUGAUGAUGAGCAUAUUUUUUAGUAUUAACCCUACUACAAUGACAACCAAGAGACUGCUAGUUCACUGUCCCAGUACGUAAAUGGAAAAUGACCCAGAGGCCACUAUUAAAGUGUACAUUUGGAAAAAGAGAACUGGUAUCUGGUCUGGAAAAUAGCUUGCUUUAGUCCUAAUCUGUCUGUGCUUACUCGCCAUCAAAUACCAAAUGUCCAGUAUAUAGAGCGUUUUUCAGUUGGUUUAAACACCUUCUGGCAGCCGUGUUGGAGGUCUUUAGCUCUCUAGCGGGAUUUCAGCUGAUUACAUUCCUUAAUAUGCAAUGUGGUCAACAGAAUUCAAAGAACAUUUCAAGGUUCAUGUCAUAUUUCUGAUAGCUAGCCAAUUGUUAUGUUAAAUUCAUAAAUUGGACACAAGCUAAUGUACAACUUUUGGUAGAAGCAAGAACAAAUCUAAUUUUCUAUUUUUUUUGUUUGAGAAUGUUACUGAAUAUUUCUACAGUCACUUAACAACAAGCUACUUAACAAAUUUAAAUAAAUCUCUACUAUGUAGUCAAAGAUAUUGUUCUUUUUUUUGUUAGCAGGCUCAAUGUUUGGUAACACUUUAUUGGGAUAGUCCGCCUCGUGAUAGAUAAACAUUUUAUCUGUAGAUGUUUGAGACAUUAUCUGUAUAAUAUUUGUGACAAUUGAUGAAGAUACUCUAACCAAAAUGUUGUUUGUGCCACAACCUAACCAGACCUGAACCACAGUGGUGUUGGAUCAUAAACCAGUUCUAAUAAUAAUAAUAAUAAUAAUAAUAAUAAUAAUAAUAAUAAUAAUAAUAAGCAGCUGUUGAAGUAGGCGGACUAUCCAUAUAAAGUAUUACUCAGUAUCUUGUUUAAAAUCAUCUAAUUUGUCCUCAGCUAAUGCAAAAUUCAGACACUAUCAUUGUAGCAGAAGAACAAAUCCAAUUUAUCAGAAAGUUUAACAGUCCAGAAGUUAUUAAAGCUAACUUUAGAGAGCCACAUCUCCACGAUGUAGACAAAGACAUUGCUAAUUGUUAGCUAAAUAUCAAAUAUUUGGUUUAAAUUUAUCUAAUUUGGCUACUAACUAAUGUAAAAUCAGAAGCUAGCGUUAGAACACAUCCAAUUUGUCUCAAUUUGAAUAUUUCUGCAGACACUUUGCAGCAAGGUGUCUUCAGCUAGCAGAGAGCUAAAUCUCUAAUAGACCUCCAUUAUGGACCCAAACUGAAAAUCCUCUUUUAGCUGUGGUUACAACAGAACACAAGCGUAUCCCGCUGUGCACUGAUAUUCAUGUACAACUGCAACAAAUAUAUAAACCUGUAAUAGCUUGUAAUUUCUAAAUGUGGAAUAGCCCGAUGAGCUAAAACUCUAAACGUGUUAGCGGGUAAAUUAGCGUGACCAGCUGAAAUAGACAGAACUUCCCUGUUGCUACUAAAUACUUUAAUAGAGUGUCAUUAAAAAGUCAAAUUAUUUAUGUAUUUAUUCAUUUCAAUGUUUUCAUCCUUCUUAUUUGUUAUUAUGUCUAAACUCCCAAAUGUCCUGUUGAGCAUAUAAAACGUAUUAACAAAUAUAUUUAAUAUGCAUGUUGUCUUUUUUUUUUUUAGUUGAACAUAAGAUUUAAUAGUCUGCUUUUUUUCUACUGGAACUACUUCCCCCUCAGUUGGUCUGCCUCUACCGGACCAGAAUGCAUUUUCGAUGCUGUCCGUCGUCUAAUAUUUCCCUACAGGGAUCAUUAAUGUUUCAUAUUCUGUGUGACAGCAGUUUGACUCCCUGUAUGAUGACUGAAGCCUGUCUGUUUUAUAUCUGUUUUCACCCUGUUCAUUCUCCAGUGCAGGUUAACGAAUACAAUCGUGUAGCUGAUGCGAUAACAAGCGUAUGAAGCUGAAUGUUCGAGCCUGUGAGGACUCAGUAACUGUGUGUGUUAUCAAGAUCUGAGUGACGCUAACACACACUGAGGAUUGGACGAGUGAUUAUCAGAAAAUCAUUAUAGUAAAUAUUACACAAUACAAGAAGGUAAAAUAAUAUCACUCUAGAGCCGAGUAAGAUCAGAAAUCAGCAGUCCUCAGUGUGUGUGGAGGCCAUUUUUGUCUCUGAGCUGUAAGUAAGGUCAGCUGUCAGUGUGUCCCCGCACUUUAAUGUUCAGUCUUUAAUUUGAGACAAGUUGCCAAAUUUCCUACAGUAUGUGCUAAAUGAUGCCCUGCUUUUCUUUCUCUUACUUCUGAAAUGGUUUCAGAAUCUGCCUUUCACAGGUAAAUAUUACCCAUCUUUACAUAACACUUUACUCUAAAGUAAGGGAGUAAGUUUAAAGUAGGGAAUAUAUCUCAUUUGGAAUGAAUGUAGCCCUGAUCCCGGACUCAUACUACAUACAGUAUCAUCUUCCUGGUUGGCCACAUUAUACAUUUCACACUGAAUGGUAGGUAAACUGAUGGCAGCUGGAUGCACAGUAACAAAAACAUGAUUUUAUGACCAAAAAGUGUCUCAUUCUGGUUUAUAUUUGUUAGUUUGCACCCUCCUGACAUCAUUCUUUUUCACAUAUUUCCGAUCAUCUCGUCAGAUUGCAUUUACAACCUCUUUAACGACUUUUAUAAGCCACUGAGUGAUUGAAAUGUCCAAGUUUUUAAACACUGCCAUUCACUACUGUCAUACUGUACAGGAUUUUAUUACAGUUCUGGAUCAGGGCGAGAAUUAAUUCUUUCAUUUCUUACAUUUCAUUACCUACUUUUGCCACAGCGGAGCCAAGACAAAUGUUAUUAAAAUCUGAGAGCCACAGAGAGUUUGGAGUAUGAUAGCAAAAAAAAAAUAUUUGAGAAUAAGAGGAAGUGCAGUAUUAAUGCCCCAAAGAUCCAAAAAAUGUUAAUUAAACAUGUGCACAUGAUGCAAUUCUCUAGUUAAUUGCCCUUCUGAUGAAGUUCUAAUAAGGUUAUUUUUUCCAUUUGAUCCUCUGUGUGUGUGCGUGUGCGUGUGUGUGUGGCGUGUGGGCCAAAAGGUUGGAAAUUUAAAUCAGACACCAGGGAAACCUGACUGAAUAAUCUGCUUUUGGAAGAACUUGCCCUGACCCUGAUAUUAUAUAAAAUAUAUAAUUAUUUAUCAAUGCAACGGAGACAAACACAUAGUCGAAUAUUCAGCACUAACUAUAUUAAUGACUCAUGCUCACAUGACGUAAGUGAUUAAGUGACUUUUUUUUGUAAUUUCUAACUGAUAUACUAAUAAAGUUUUAUUUUUUUUUCAAUUUGAUUUUUUAUCAAAAACAGCACAUGAAUGUAAAAUUGUCAACUCAGACAGUGAAAUUUCCCACCAGCCUUGAACACAUCACAGUUAAAGCUAAGAGGACAGACGGACUUUCCAUCUAACUUCAGUCAUAUUUGCUCCUGAACGUUUGAGUAUUCUUGCUGAAAAAACAACCAGAACAACCAUAAAACAGUUUUUAAGUGUAUAAGAGGGGUACUUUAACUUCAUUACCCAGAGGGUAUCAGACUUCUCUAUUAGUCCUGUCUGUGGUACUAGAAGUAAUGGCAACCUGUUAUUUUUAUUUGUGGGCUGACGGGUUUCUUUACCUCCGGCUCCUGAGAAUCCUGUACUUUAUGUUUUUAUGUUCCUGAAUACUAACUGUCUCCUAUUUUCUAUGUAUACCAGCUGUUUUGGCUAAAUAAUAAAAUCGUAGCAUACGAUGUGCAUCCGAUGACUAACGA